GCAUCUUCGGCUCCGGCGUGCGUGGCCUCCUGAGCAGCGGGCGUGUCUUUGGCGGCUGUGGCAGGUUUCAGAGAUGGACGUUCGCGGCUGCGGGCACGGUCUACGCGAAGAAGAGAUCGACGCGGUGGCGAUGGCGUUGACUGCCGUUGUCGUCAACACGAUGAGCGGUAUGUCGUCGUCCUCACGCGACAUGCUGACGCAGCUCCAUAAACGAAGAGCGCUGUUGCGGAGCAUCGUCAAAGCGCCGGAUUGCGUGGCCAGGUGUGAGGCAGUCGUCCACUUGUGUGCCGCGCUGUCGUCUAGCGUUUUCCCACGGCAGACCCCGCGUUGGUGGAUUAGACGACGGACUGGCGGAACAUGGGAGGACCUCCGCCUCUGUGAUGACGCGACGAACGAGUACUACUGCCAGAAGUUGCGCAUGUCGAUGGCCAUGUUCAGGCAGAUCGUUGCCGCAUGCGUCGCGUACGUGGAGAAGGUCACGCACUAUAGGAUGCCAUUGCCAGUGGAGCACGUGAUCGCUUUCGCGUUGUACAGGUGGGCGUCAGCAGUGACGUACGAGAGCGGCACGUCAGCCUUUGGCAUCGAGAGGGCAACUGGACUGCAGGCCGUCCACGACGUGGUGGUGGAUUUGGAUCUGCGGAUCCUCGACGUCCACAUCGGAUACUCGGGAAGUGUGCACGACGUUCGUGUCCUGUACAAUUCCCAGCUAUGGAGGCGUGCAGAAGCUGGCCAGCUGUUCGAUGCACCUCCGAAGAAUUUGCCGCACGGUGUUGUCACGCGAGGUUACCUGCUAGGCGACAACGGUUAUCCAGUUGCCUGUCCAUGGAUCGUGCAGCCGUACGGAGGAAUCGACCAAGGUCCUGACGAGGAGCGCUUCGACACGCGGCAGAAGGUGGCGCGGGGGUGUGUCGAGAGGGCAUUCGGGCGACUGAAGUGCAUGUGGCGUCUGUUCUUGCGCACCCACAAGACGAACCUGGAGACCUUGCCACAACAAUUCGUGGCGGUGUGCACUCUCCACAACAUCCUCCUCGACGGGGGGAUCGACUUCGACGAGAACAUUUUGUUGGAGGUGGAUGAGAAUGGCGUUCGACGCAGGGUAGACUUGGGCAUUGUGGGGAACGGCGCGGGCGGGCGGCGGUGGAGCACGAACGUGGACAGGGACUUGUUGCGGGAUGCACUUUGAAACCGCCUAGCUCUGAUGUAGGACCGUGCGGGCGGUUCGGGGGGAGGUGGGAGGAUGUGGGUUGGUGCGAUCGGUAGGCGGGUGGAAUUUUGUCGUGGCCCGUGUCCACGGUCGUGGUGCGCGUAGUUGCUGGGUCGAUUGAAUGGCGGCAUGGUUGCCGCGGAUGAGUUCCUUUGUUGUUUUCAUCGUGUGGACGGUUGCGUGGUUCGUACAGUUGUGCGAACGUUUAAUAUUGGAAGAACCUUUUUUUUUGUGUCUCCCAAAAUUGUUUUUUUUUUUUGUGUCUUCAAAUCGUUUGUCUUGAAUGCUUUUGUGUGGUGGGAAGUUCGUUUUUUUUAAAUUUUGUGUGCCUUUUUUUUUUUUUUUCUUUGUCUAUUCAAUGCGUUUGUGAGGAAUGUUUUCGUGUCGUGGUGUGGUGGGACGUCGAACAUGGCUGUUGAAAUCAUUGAUGAAAGCUGCAUAACGUCAGUUAACGAAGAAAAAAAAAAUCAGAGAGAGGUAAACAUGAAUUGUGUGCAUGCAUAGGAGGCAAUCAUCUUUAAAUCAUUGCACCGAAGAGACGAGAACAACAGACACAUGACAAAAAGAAAGGGUGUGCUAAAAGCGCUAUGAAGUUCUUGCACAGCGAACUGCGAUGAUAAAAACACAAUGCAGGAAUGAAUUCAAUAAACUCGU